GAAACUCUGACCAAUAGCAUCUUUCACUCUCUGAGUCUGUUUGCAUUUGUCACAGCUGGGUGCCAGUCUCUCAUGGCACUGCCUCCUACACAGCAAUCCCAUCUCAAUGCUACAGCCUGUUGUCCAACCUAAGUCUCAGGAUGGAUGAUCAGAAGACUUCCAAGUUGCUGGAUGAGGAGCGAUACUCCCGGCAGCUGUAUGUGCUGGGCUUGCCGGCUAUGCAGAUGAUUCAGAAAGCCAAGGUCCUGCUCUCAGGUCUUCAGGGCCUAGGGGCUGAGGUGGCCAAGAACCUGGUCCUAAUGGGUGUGGGCAGCCUCACCCUUCAUGAUCCCCACCCUACCUGCUGGGCUGACCUGGCCGCCCAGUUUUUCCUCUCAGAGAAGGACUUGGAAAAGAACAGGGCUGAAGCAUCUCGAGGACCUGUAGCUAAGCUCAAUGAAGCUGUUCAGGUCUGCGUCCACAAAGGUGACAUCACUGAGGACCUGCUACAAAACUUCCAGGUGGUAGUGCUGACUGCCUCAAAGCUGGAGGAGCAGCUGAAGGUGGGCACCUUCUGCCACAACCAUGGAAUCUGCUUUCUGGUAGCUGACACCCGGGGCCUUGUGGGGCAGUUGUUCUGUGACUUUGGUGAGCACUUCAUAGUACAGGACCCUACAGAGGCAGAUUGCCUGACAGCCGCUAUCAAACACAUCUCCCAGGGCUCCCCUGGGAUUGUCACUCUGAGGACAGAGGCUGAUGCCCACCGCUUCCAAGAUGGGGAUUUGGUGACUUUCUCAGGCAUUGAAGGCAUGGUGGAGCUCAACGGCUGUGCUCCCCACUCUAUCCGUGUGCAGGGAGACAGGACCUUGGAGAUUGGGGACACAACAUCUUUCUCUUGUUACCUGCGUGGUGGGGUUGUCACUGAGGUCAAGAGACCUGAGAUCGUGAGCCAUGUGAGUGCAACUGUAUUGGAAAUGGGGGAGUGUGGGUACCUCAAGGCCACAGUGUUUAGACCUGACCCUGGAGCAAGUGCCUCCACCCUGCAGAAGCCUCUGGAUACAGCACUGCUCCAGCCCCGGGUGGUAGCCCAGAGUCCCCAGAAAGUUCACCGCGCUCACUGCCUGCACAAAGCCUUCCAAGCACUGCACAAGUUCCAGCACCUCAAGGGCCGCUUGCCCCAGCCCUGGGAUCCUGGUGAUGCAGAGGUGGUGGUGAACCUGGCCAAGGCCCUGGAACCACUGAAGGGGACAAGGGGCGAGCCAUUGGAUGAGGCACUGGUGCGGACAGUCGCCCUGAGUAGUUGUGGUCAUUUGAGUCCGAUGGCAGCCAUACUGGGUGCAGUAACUGCCCAAGAAGUGUUGAAGGCAAUCUCCAAGAAGUUCAAGCCCCUGGACCAGUGGCUGUACUUUGAUGCCCUAGAUUGCCUUCCAGAAGAUGGGAAGUCCCUUCCCAAUCCUGAGGACUGUGCACCGAGAGGCUACCGCUAUGAUGGGCAAAUCGCAGUAUUUGGGGCUCAUUUUCAGGAGAAGCUGCGCGACCAGCACUACCUCCUGGUUGGUGCUGGUGCAAUUGGCUGCGAGCUGCUCAAAGGGUUUGCCCUCACUGGCCUGGGGGCCGGGGGCAGCGGGGGCGUGACUGUUGCUGACAUGGACUACAUAGAGCGCUCCAACCUCAGCCGUCAGUUCCUCUUCAGAUCCCAAGACAUUGGGAAGCCCAAGGCCACAGUGGCUGCAGAGGCUGCACAAUGCCUGAAUUCAGACUUGAAGGUGACCCCGUUCACCUUCCCACUGGAUCCCACUACAGAGCACAUCUUUGGGGACAAAUUCUUCUCUGAGGUGCAUGGUGUGGCUGCUGCUCUAGAUAGUUUCGAGGCCCGGCACUAUGUAGCUGCUCGCUGCACCUACUAUCUGAAGCCACUGCUGGAGGCGGGCACACAGGGCACCUUAGGCAGCGCUUCAGUAUUCAUACCACACGUGACUAAGACCUAUGAAGCCCCUGCCUCUACAGCUUCUGAGGAUGACCCCUAUCCUCUCUGCACUAUACGGCUCUUCCCCAGCACAGUCGAGCACACCUUGCAGUGGGCUCGGGAUCAGUUUGAAGGACUCUUCUAUCACUCUGCCGAGUCCAUCAACAGGUACCAAUGCAGGGAACUCUCCUCUCUGUCAGACACAGAUGGGACACAGAGGCUGACCCUGCUGCAGGCGGUACUGGGUGAACUGAAAAAGCGUCCACAAACCUGGGAAGACUGUGUGGAGUGGGCCUUUGGCCACUGGCAGCUAUGCUUCCAUCAUCACAUCAGGCAAUUGCUGAAGCACUUCCCACCUGAUGAAGUGCUUAAGGAUGGAACUUCCUUCUGGUCGGGUCCCAAACAGUGUCCCCAGCCCUUGGAAUUUGAUCCCAACCAAGACAUGCACCUCCUCUACGUGCUGGCGGCUGCCAACCUCUACGCCCAAAUGCAUGGGCUGCCUGGCUCACAAGACCAGAAUGAACUCAGGGAACGGCUGAGGUUGCAGUCACUGUCUGGCCUCCAACACCAGGCUGUCUCCUUCACGAGUGACCUGGAGCUAGCUCAGGAUUCCACAGAGUUUGGUCCUGAGAAAUUGAACAAAUUGCAUGAAGCCCUGGAAGUGUGGAGGAAGCAUCCUCCCCUGAAUCCCCUGAUGUUUCAGAAGGACGAUGACAGCAACUUCCAUAUGGACUUUGUGGCAGCAGCGGCUUAUCUGCGUGCUCAGAACUAUGGGAUCCCACCAGCCAACCGUGCUCAGAGCAAGCGAAUCGUGGGCCAGAUUAUUCCAGCCAUUGCCACCACUACAGCAGCUGUGGCAGGCCUGCUGGGCCUGGAGCUGUACAAGGUGGUGGAUGGGCCAAGGCCCCUUGGUGCAUUUCGCCACAGCUAUCUGAAACUGGCUGAAAACAUAUUUAGCCGCUGGGUACCUUGUGCUCCAGACAGCCAUAAGUUUCAUGACCUGAGGUGGACCUGUUGGGACCAUCUGAAGGUGCCUGCUGGGCAGCCUGAAAGGACCUUGGAGUCAUUGCUGGCCUAUCUCCAGGAACAACACAAGCUGAAGGUGAGGAUGCUGCUGUACGGCCAGACCAUGCUCUAUUCAGCAAGGUGGUCACCCGAAAAACAGGCCAAGCAUCUGCCCCUCAGGGUGACAGAACUGGUGCAGCAGGAGACAGGCCAGGAGCCCGAGUCCGGGCAGCGGAUGCUGAAACUGGAGUUCAGUUGUGAGGGUGAGGAAGAGGACACUACCUUCCCACCCCUGCAUUAUGAACUGUGACAAGGCAGCAACCCACCACCCAGCCCUAUCAAGUCCUGCAUCCUGAGGCCAUGGCAGGCGCUCAAUAAAUGCUCACUGAAGCAAAGUAUAAGUAGAGAGGAUGGGUGAUGAAACAUGGGGUAAUAAAGUACAUGGGUUGUGACAUGGGCCUGAGGGACCCCUACAGGCAGGGAAAAGGCUCUUUAGAUUUGCCUGCCUGGUUUGUGCCUUGCAUGAGCUGGGCUGCCUCCUGGAGCUUCAGGGAUAUGGAACCAGGAAAGUCCAGAGAAAGGCCUUUAUUGUCCCAGGCUGGAGGGCAGGGUCAGAGGUAGCUGACAACAUCAUUGCAGAUGAUGGGUUGGCGACUGCGGCAGCUCAUGAGAGCUGCAAAGCGUGAGACGUCUGCAGGUAGUUCGGGUUCUGGGCGAGGUGGGCAUGACAGUCGC